AUGAGCAAUGACGGACACAAUGCCUCUAAUCUUAGAACAAGGCAGGCCUCGGGCUUCCGGAGUUCUAGAGGAAGCCAAAGCCGAAUCACAGCAAUGGGCAUAACACCCGACGGACUCUCCGGCUUGUCAGAGAGCGAGGACGAGUUCUUUGGUGAUUCAUCGGUCGCGUCUUUUCUAAAGCAGAUCAAAGAAUCUGCUAUCAAAGAGACUGAACGAGGAAGAUCGACAACAGAUCCGGUUCCGCGUGCGACUUUUGGCACACAAUCGAUCCCAAUUCCACCAGCGGCUGAUAUUAGUCUGAGUGUCAAAGCCUACGACCUACCACCACGACAGCUGGCUGACUAUCUUUCGAACCUCUAUUUCGACAAAAUCCACAGUUUGUAUCCAUAUGUUCAUAAACCAAACUUUCUUCGCGCUUAUAGGCGCUUAUGGACGCCAGAUGCGGAAACAGGCACAGAAACAAUCUCGUCCGGACUGGGUUUAGGAGAUGCCUGCGUGCCCCCGGCACUGUUUCAUUGCGCAUUGAACAUAAUAUUUGCUCUUGGAUGCCACUUUUCUAAACUAGAUCAUACAGCGCGGCAAGCUACAGCGGAGGAGUUCUUUCAACGUUCGCAGCGACUAUUGAACGUGAUGUCACUUGAUAAAGGUGAUUUAGCCCUGGUACAAACAUUACUAUUGACGUCGCAAUACUUACAAGGAGGCGAUGCAAGUAGCAUGAUGCUGGGUCGUCCUCCCAUGACUCAUUCUUCCGCUGUACCUCUUCCAGAAGCUAUCGAUGACGAACUUCUCGAUUCGACCACGGCAACCUGCCAAUUACCAGCGGACACGCUUUCAAAAGCUGAGUUCUAUGUCAGAACUCUUCAGUUAUAUAAGAUACUGAGAAAGAUUCUAUCUGAGGUCUAUGAACCUUGGGAGGACGGGGGGUCUUCUGAUCAGUCAGAACAGCCGAAGUCCGAGAAUGAGUUAGCACAGACAUUACUCAGUUUAGAUGAGAAGCUUCUGGAAUUUGAAUCAAGUCUCCCAGCGGCUCUCCAAUGGCGUGAUGCGCAGCAGCCCGCUGGUGUGGCUGGACCGUUCCGUCGUGAAAGCAGCCUGUUGAGAGGAAGAUUCCUUCACCUGAGAAUCUUACUUCUUCGUCCUACAUUCGUCAAGUUCUGCCGUGACAAUCUGCCACCACGUCAAGCGGGCGGCUACCCUCGACACGAACAAGUACCGUUGAAAAGCAGAAUAGCCGUGGAUUUCAGUAUCAGCUGUUCGACAUCAUGUGUCGAGACUGCGAUUGAGCUGUCGCAUCUGAUGAAUGAAAUUUCGACGACUGAAUUGGCAAGUGUAUGGUGGUACAAUGUCUUCUAUGCUUUUACGGCUGGCGUUGUUCUCAUACUGGCUCACGCAUCUCCUGCUAUGCAGUCUAGAUUUCCUCAGCCAGUCUUGGGUAAUGCUUGGAAGAGCUGCUGUGACUGCCUGGAAAACAUGGAUCUGUACAGCAACACCGCCAGGAACUGCGCCACCAACCUGCGGAAGACCCUAUCUCAAGUGCUAAGCGGUCAACGGCAUGAAUAUAGUGUCCAUACUGAGAAACAUGCGCCUCAAACUACAGACCGACACUUGGGCCAUGAUGUAAAUUUAUCUAAAGCACCGAGUAUCUUUUCCAGUCUCGGUGGAUCAGAGGUUGGCGAUGGUUCCAACCAAGGAGCUCUGGAUACCCAAUUCUCUGGGGCAUUGGACUCACUCUGGAGUGGAGAUGAUGUGAAUAGCUCUCUGAUGGAGAUGCUAUGGGAUGACCUAUGGUUGGCGGCGCCAUCAUUCUUCUGA